ACAGCGGGCUGCGGGGCAGCGCUCACGGAGCGCCAUGGCGCGGUCCCUCGGCACCGUCCCCCUCCUCCUCCUCCUUGUCCUCCUCCUCUGCAGCUCCGCGGAAGCCGGACCUACGUUCCUGGUGGCAGUUCCCUGGAACAUCAGGCCGGGAGCAAACGUGACUGUUGGGGUAGCCCUGCUGCCGGACAGCCCGGCACAGGUCACCGUAAGGGGAGAAGUGAUCAGAGAUAACGAGACCAUCUUGAGCAGGGAAAUGGUCUUUGAGAAAGAUUCCUUUGGGACUCUUGUUCUUCCAGUACUGCCUUUGAACAGUGCUUCCGGGAAUUAUGAAUUACUGGUGGAAGGCCAUGCUGAUGGCCGGCGCAUCUUCUCUAACCGUACCAGCUUGAUGUACAUGUCAAAGAGCAUCUCCGUAUUCAUCCAGACCGAUAAAUCUGUGUAUAAACCAGGACAAGACGUGAUGUUUCGGAUUGUCACCGUCUAUCCUGAUCUCAAACCUUAUAAAGCGUCUCUGAAUAUAUAUAUCCGAGACCCUCGGAAGAAAUUGAUUCAGCAGUGGUUGAUGGAGGAGGGUGAUUUGGGCGUAGUAUCCAAAAAAUUUCAGUUAUCAAUGAACCCUCCACUAGGAGACUGGUCCAUAGAGGUGGAAGUGAACGGUCAAGUUCAUUAUCAAAGAUUUAAAGUGAUGGAAUAUGUUUUACCAAAAUUUGAUGUUAUGAUAACAACACCAUUAUACUACUCCUUGAGAGAAGAAGAUGUAACUGGUGUUGUCACUGCAAAGUACACGUAUGGAAAGCCAGUGAAGGGAACUGUAACGGUCACUUGCCUUUCUGUCUCUUACUGGACAAACAAGCGAAACAUAACAACAACAAUGGAGAUAAACGGAUCCGUGAAUGUAACCUGUAACAAGCUUAUGUUGCAAAACUUGAACACUGAUCAAUCAUGGCACCAAGGUGACAGUGAUUACAUGGAGCCAAUAGAAAUUAUUGCUGUUGUCACUGAGUCACUCACAGGAAUCUCCCAAAAUUCAAGUACCAUCAUAUUUCCAAAGCAAAGCGACUAUUUUAUUGAAUUUUUGGACUACUCUAGAGUUAUAAAACCUUCUCUGAACUUCAUAGCUACUAUAAAGGUGACACGUUCUGAUAGCAACCAGCUGACAGCUGAAGAGAGGCAGAAUCUUGUCACAAUCACUGCACAACAGUCAGACUUGAUUUUUCACCACUCUUCACUUUCUCACCUUGAGAAUGAAGCCACAGAGGAGAGAAAUCUGACAGUCCAUGUCCUCAAUUACACAGUCCCAGAAAACGGAAUUAUUGAUAUUGAGUUUCCAAUCCUGUCUAAUACAAAAACUCUGAGAGUUCAGGCAGAGUUCCUCAACAGUAGGACUGACAUAGGUGUUUACGAUGUGUUCAGCUCCCCCAGCCAGACUUAUCUCCAGGUUAAAACAAAGAGCCAGGAUAUAAAGGCUGGGAAGCCUUUUGAGCUGAGUAUUGCAAGCAACAAGCCAGUGAGAGAGUUCCACUAUCUGGUGUUAUCUAAGGAACAAAUUAUGGCUUUUGGCACAAAGGCUGCAAAAACAUUCACUUUAACAGCAGAAAACUCCUGGGCUCCGUUGGCAUGUAUACUUGUGUUCUAUGUUGAUGAGCUUGGAGUGGUUGUAAACGAUGCUCUCACCAUCCCUGUUCAGCCUGUUUUGGAUGACAAGAUUAAAAUCUCUUGGAGCAAAGAUAAGGUCAAGCCAUCUGAGAAAGUCUCCCUUAAAAUCAGUACGACGGAACCAGGAUCAGUAAUUGGACUUGCAGUUGUUGAUAAAAGUACAAAGCUUCUAGGAGAAAGUAGUGACAUAACAGAAGAAUCUGUCUUCCAUGAACUCAAUUUAUACAGCACAAUGCAGUAUUUCCCCCUGGUCAGAGGUUCUUUUGGUGUCUUUCAGAAAUGCAGCCUUUGGGUAUCAACUGAUGCAAUUCUUGAGGAGGAUAAGGAACAUUUUCUUUAUGGUGGAAUGAUACCCAUAGAGGAUGGUUUUGGUGAUGACAUACCAGUAUCUAAAGAUGGACCUUCUGAUUUCAGCAAUCUCUAUGUGAGGACACAUUUUCCAGAGACUUGGCUUUGGAUCGACACUAAAACUAGAUCUGACACAGACACCACAAUGGAAGUCAUUGUACCUGAUACCAUCACAUCCUGGGUAGCCAGUGCUUUUGUGAUGUCUGAAAACAGCGGGCUUGGAGUGACGACUGCUCCAGUGGAGCUAGAAGCUUUUCAACCUUUCUUCAUUUUCCUGAACCUUCCAUACUCUGUCAUCAGAGGGGAGCAGUUCAUUUUGGAAGUGAACAUCUUUAAUUAUUUGAAAGAAGAAGUCGAGGUUACUGUGAUCCUGGAUAUGAAUGACGCUUUUGAAAUUAUUCUAACAUCCAAUGAAAUAAAUGCUACAGAAAAUCAACAGUCUAUAUCUGUACCAAGUGAAGAUGGGAAAACUGUUCAAUUCCCAAUCAAGCCGAGACAGCUGGGAGAGAUUCCCAUCAAAGUGACAGCAAUGUCAUCUGCUGCUUCUGAUGCUGUCAUUCAGAAAGUUUUAGUAAAGGCUGAAGGAUUGGAACAGACAUAUUCUCAGACAGUCCUUUUGGAUUUAUCUGGGAAUAAACCACAAACAGUGUCAAAAACGUUGGAUUUCACUUUUCCACCUGAUGUUGUAAGUGGCAGUGAGAGAGUGCAGGUCACUGCUGUUGGUGAUUUACUUGGGCCUUCUAUCAAUGGUUUGUCAUCAUUGAUUAAGAUGCCUUAUGGCUGUGGUGAACAGAAUAUGAUCAAUUUUGCUCCAAAUGUUUAUGUUUUGCAAUACUUGACUAAAACCAGGCAGAUGAGAGAGGAUAUUAAAUCAAAAGCUAUAUCAUUUAUGAGAAAAGGCUACCAGAGAGAGCUGCUUUUCCAGAGGGAUGAUGGCUCUUUUAGUGCCUUUGGAAAUGAAGAUCCCUCAGGGAGCACAUGGUUAUCAGCUUUUGUAUUAAGAUGUUUCCUUCAAGCUCGUCCAUUCAUAGAUAUUGACCAAGAUGUACUCAGGGAUACAGCUAAAUGGAUUGUCCGUCAUCAGAAAUUAAAUGGAGAAUUUAAUGAACCUGGGAAAGUGUUACACAGUGAUCUUCAAGGAGGCACCAAUAAUCCAGUCACUCUCACAGCUUACAUCAUGUCAUCCCUCCUAGGGCUCCCGGAUAAACAGCAUGCUUAUGUCAUCAAGAGUGCUACAAACUUUCUAGAAGAUAAAUUAGAAGAAGGCAUUUCGGAUAAUUACACUUUGGCACUUGUAACAUAUGCAUUGUCCUGGGCAAAAAGUUCAAAAGCAAAGGAAGCACUGAAUAUACUGAAUGAGAGAGCAGAGCACCAAGGAGAAUUUCGUUUCUGGAUAACACCUGCUUCUGAAAUUUCUGAUUCAUGGCAGCCACGGUCCAUCGAUAUUGAACUUGCAGCAUAUGCUCUGCUCUCACACUUUCAUCAAGACAGAUUAGCAGAGGGGAUCCCUAUUAUGAAAUGGUUAAGUCAGCAAAGAAAUCACCUUGGGGGAUUUUCAUCUACUCAGGACACAGUGGUGGCUCUGCAAGCCUUGAGUCUAUUCGCAACUCUCACUACUGCAAGCAAAACAGAAAUGGAUGUAACAGUGACAGCACCUUCUUUGAAAAUGCCAGAAAUAUUUUCAAUUGAUACUCGAAAUCGUUUUCUGCUUCAGACCAAGGAGAUUGCCCCUGUGCAACCAAUGACAAUUACAGUGGCAGCGGAGGGAACAGGAUUUGCUGUCGUUCAGCUCAAUGUUAUUUACAACACAAAACACGCUGAUCAGAGGCUCAGAUCUGCCCGAAAACAAGAAGCCUUUGACUUGAAUGUUGAUGUAAAGGAUGACAAAGAUGAUAAAAACCAUUUGACCUUGAAUGUGUGCACAAGGUACUUGGGUUCUGGCACAGCUCCCAGUAGUGGUAUGGUCCUCAUGGAGGUUGGCUUACUCAGUGGUUUCUCUGUGUCACCAGAUUUCAUUCCAUUAGACAAUACAGUUAAGAAGAUCGAAAAGGACAAUGGAAAAGUCAACCUAUACUUAGACUCUCUAAAUGAAACACAGGUUUGUGUGGAUAUUCCGGCUGUGAGAGACUUCAAAGUGGCAAAUAUCCAAGAUGCUUCAGUGACUAUAGUGGAUUACUACGAACCUAGGAGAAGAGCGGUGAGAAGCUACAAUUCGGAAGUAAUGCAAAGUAUAACCCCUUGUGACUUCUGUGAAAGUGAUUGCAGUCUUUGCCACCGAGAUGGUUCUCCAGCUUUGCUUCAGCACUCUUCGUUGGCCUCCUUGUUCUGUGGGCUGUUUGUCCUUCAUGUAAACUUGCUGUGCGGUUGGGUGCUGUAAAAGGAAACAGAUUAUGUUUCACAUCUAAGGUUUCCAUAAAUUAUCCAAAGAAAAUUUUAUGUUCAGAUACCGGCCCGUCUUUAGUGAUUACAGUGACCAAACUCCUGCUGCGUUCAGGGAGAGCUGGGCUGGCCCGUAUGGUAAAUUUCUGGCUGUGCCAGAAAACUUCUUUUAAGUGUCUGCUGGAAAAACUUUCCGAGUGUUAGUUUCAUACUGAAGUUAUUUUCUGAAGAAGCACAGAGUUACCGAGAAAGCCGUCUGAGAAAAUACAAACCUAGCUCCAUGUUCCCAUUAACCCAGCUUUCGGUUGUGCUUGUUUUUUUAGGGAUAUACAUUAGUUUACUGUGCUUUUCUGAAAUGCUAUGUGCUUCUCCGUUGGGGGGUUGGUAAGCAGAAGGCUGGGAGCUUGGUAUCGGAGCUCGCUUUGUUCUGUUCUACAGACAUGACACUUAACAUUAAUAUUGAAUUUCGCUGUAUGCUCUCAUGGGGAAUACUAUGAAAAAUAAAAGGAGCUGGCUUCACAGCAGAUCCAAGAGCCAAAAAGCGCUGCAUUCACAAACUGCUGAACGCUCCAGGAAAUUGUCAGUCUUUUUUUAUCAUUACAGAGAAGCGAGGUGGAUUUUUUGCCAAUUCAUAAGUUAUUCAUGUUUGAAAAUAAGGCCUCAGGAUGUUCUCAUGCAUUUUACUCUGAAAGGCUUUUACUGUCAGUGUAUCAAAGAUGGAGUCUAUGUUUGAGACUUCAUUUUUCCAGCGUUUUUCAGAAACCAACCUAAUUCUCUUUCCAUGUGAGAAUGCUGGUGCCCAUUGGCGUAUUUGUGGCCGGCAGGAUGAAGGUUGCUUUGAUCCUUUUCUAGUUUUUGGAAUUCUUCUAGAAGUGUCACUCUGGGGCAUCAUUUUUGUCUUGCGUUUGCAGUGUCGUCUUGUCAAAAAUUGAAGUGACAUAACCCUAAACAGCUGUUUAUUGCUCUUGGCCCUGAAUGCCAGCUGUGCAUGCACCUCCUGUUGGUGGCUGGCGGGAGAGGCUUUUAGGAGGUAUGGGCUGCACAUGCAUUCAGUCCAGCCAAACAGUUGACAUGCUUGCUUAACUUUAAGCACAUCCUUGUAUGCUGAAGUGCUUUGCUGAAGUGGGUUGAAGGAGAGGGACAGUGAAAAGCAGCGGGCGCUUUUACACCCAAACCUGCUCUUUGCACAUAGGGAGAAUUACAGGUCUCUCUGACUGCAAAAACGUGUGAGCUUGGGAGUUCCUCCCUCGUGAGUGAGUGUAUGAACAUCUUCCCUGUCUGGCAGGUGGUUUCUUCUUGAACACUGCCUGUGAUAUCUAAUGUUUACUUCUUUUUGUAAGGAAGCCAAGCUGAUAACAUUCCUGGUUACUAAAAUGAAGUUAAUAGCUGUCAUGCAGACUAACAGACAUAGAAAUUUUAAGGCUAUAGAUUCUCCUUCCUUCAUACUUUUUUGAGACGGAGUGUGCACAUAUGCACAUGUAAUAAUAUGGCAGUCACUUUCCCUGAGCAAUUUCUAAUUUUUAUUCAAAUUUUGCUACUGCUUAAAGUGUAUAUUUUUGUAUUUUAUGCUCAUCUUUACUUCUGCUCACAAAGGAAAUUAGUGGGUGGUAGCACGGAAAGAGGCCUGAACUUCCUGCACUGGGUGCCUUCUAAUAUUGAGGUAUAGGUUUUUAACAGCAAAACUAGUAUAGGUGGGGUUGUUUGUUUUACUUUAUCUGUAUUGAGAAUUUACAGUGUUUUUCACAAACCUGGGGUUCUGUUCUGUCUCUCUGGCAGAGCUUAGGCCUGGUUCUUUGUCGUCAGUUCAUGCUUUUCACUUGUCUUUGGCGCACUGUGGAUCUAGCCCCUUGAAUAGUUGAUUAGUGCCUUAUAUGAGUGCCUGUGCUGCUCUGAACCACAUGAAGUUAACACCAUAUUUUUUGAAACCCAAAGCACUACUUAGCCAAUAGUAUGCAGGAUCUGACCCUCUGUAAGUCACGCCCUUGGUUACACGGGUCCAAAGCUUAAUAGAAACUGAGAUACAAACUGAAACAUAUCUUUGCGUCUCAAAUCCUUUACCCAUGUAUGGCAGCAUGGAGUGAAUUGUGCCAAGUGUAAGAUCUGGAAAACAGUCACACUCCAAACUGGGAUGUGUUUUGAUUUCUUGGUGACCUAUGAAAGCAGCUCUUCUUUUGCCUUUGGGAACAGCAGCCUUGACAUGUCACUUGCCUCUAUUUAAUAUAAUUUCAAGAACCCAAAGUUCGCAUACUUCCAGUUUUUACUGUAUGUGGAGCUUCUAAGAGAAAUGUUGAUACCUGAUUAAUCUUAGGAUAAAGAGGCUUAUUUUCUAGACAAGAUGUACUGGAGAUAAAUUACUCCUUUGCAGUAGAUAGUAGGAAUAAAUAAGUUUUAUUUUGCAGGCAGUCCCAGCUUCCUGAGUAUCCUCCAGAAAAAUGGAUUUAAACUGCUCACUGUCAUUUCAGACAGGGCAGCUUUUAUUAGUAUUCCUUUACAUUUGUUUUUGAGACAAACAACACAUGUUUUUAAAUGACUUUUGGCUGCCUUGCACACCCUAUUAAGAAGCAUCAGCCAUAAUGCACUAUGUCACGGAAAUUGUCGGAGUCAGUGAACAAACAUCCCCUUUGAUUUUACUUUUUUCUGUACAGCAGGCAUAUCAUUACAGACAUCCAAAUCUGCCUCUGCACUAAGCUAGUUUAAAGGUACAGUGUGUAUCAUAUGAUUUUAAACAAAUGUUUACACCAGGUGGCCUUUAACAGUCCCACACCGAUGCCUUCAGUCACUUUGCGGUUGCGGCUAGGGCUUUGAAUGAGUUGCAGAGGAUAAAUUUUGUAUUGUGUGUUGGCAGUGAAUGGAACAGAGGAAAGGGAGUAUUAUGUGGCAUAGUGACUUCUUUUGUUUUCCACAUCGUUAUAUAGUACCCUUUACACAAAUAGUCAGUAUAUGUAUUUUUCCAUUGCUCUGUAAAGUCAGUUUUUGAUGUGAGAGGGGCCUUUUGGCAAAAGUCUUUAGGAACAAGGUCUUUAAGGAGCUUUAAGGAGUGAUGCUAAAAGCAGUCAGGAAAAGGUAUUUUGUGAUGGAGUUGCCUGAAUAUUUCUGUGUGCCUGAGAUUUCCUUGAAAUGUGAGUAUUCUCUGGUACUUCCCGUGCCCUUUUCAGCCACAUGCUGUCAGUGGACAUGGUCUGUGCACAGCCAUUAAUAUGAUAUUAAAUCAGUAAGAAUUAGUAAUUUAUUUAGGACUGAGUUUAAAACACAAACAUAAUGCAUUUUAAAGGAUCUGCCCCCCCUCCCCAGCCCCGCCCCGAUUCUACCUUUGCUGUCAUUCAUGAUCUUAGCUGAGGCUUUCUCUACAGGUUUCUCUGUGGGCGUCAUGUAGGAACCUUCUAUACCCAACGCUGUUAUGCAGAACAGGGAAUGAGUGCUGCCUAAUGGGUUUGCAGCACCUCGGAGUCCGCGUGCUGGGCCAGCUCAAGGGCUGGUUUGGUUCCCAGCGUGGCACCACCACGCUCCCAUUUACUUCACGAGCAGGAGCCUGCGGCUUGUGGGCAUCAAUGGCAUGUGAUAUAAGGGGGAAGUGGCCAGACAGGUGCAGGAGACACAGAAGAACCAAGGUCCAAUGUUAACGUGCCUCUCUUUUGCCUUGGAAGUCACUGUUGAAAAUCGAAUCUAAGAUUCAAAAAUUGGUUUUAUUCCAUUUUCAAAAUAUUAUCCUAGCAAUAUUUCUCCAAAUGUGUUGUCCAAGUUGUUAUGAAUAUUGACAAUAUUUGGUUUAAGCAGAUUCCUGUAGGAAGCAUAUGUAUAUGUGUAGCCAUUAUUUAGGCUCCAAUGUACUAUAGUGUGUAAUGUAUGUGCAAUUGAAAACACAAGAUCUUCACAAAGUGCCCAAACCAACAAGGUAGCAUGAUGUCCUGUUUUUCAAAAUAUACAGUUAGGUUUUUAGGAAAAAUUAUAUUUGGAAAGCAAGUGGUACCUAAUGGCAUAAUUCUUCUGUCUCAAAUACUAAGGAAGAAUAUUCAAUUUUCAUUCUAAUGGCCAAUAAUAUUUCUGCUGUAGCCUCCUUCUGCUACCAUGAAUCUUUAUGCAGUGAACUAUAUUUAUGUGUUUAGUCCUCUAAAUACAUAGAAGAUUUUGAAAUUAGAUGUUUUCACUAGUAAUUUAUCCAUAAACAGCAGUUAUGUGAUCAGGUCUUUUGAGUUAUUAUUAUUAGAUUUUCCUUUUCCCCAUUUCAAAAUAUUUGACUUCAGCAUUGUUUCUUACUCGGUUCAUUGUAUUUGUGUGUGCAACUUGGAAAUAUCAUUGCACUAAUGCUAUUCUAUGUAAUAAAGUCUGACAGUGUGCUGUAUUAGAUCAGUCCAGUCAUUAUUAUGGAUAGCUCGUUAUUUUCCGAUGUGUAUGAGCAUUAAUUGCUUAUAUGCUACAUUUAAGUCACCAGAACUCCAGUGUUAAGAUUUCUCUUUAAUCAAAUCAUACAUUUUAUUUUGUAUUUCUUAGUGGUUACCCAAAGGCUUCAUCAGCCUUGCUCAGACCUUACGAUGUUACAUUAUGAAUUGAUUUUUUGGUUGUGGUUUUUAGUAUUGCUAGGUUGGGUGAGUGGGAUACUAAUACGAGGAAAAAAAUACAAAAAGAACCUGUCUCAAAGAAAGUAUCAUAUAAGCAAUGUACCAUACAUUAGCUGUCCUACUGGCUAAUACAUCUCUUCUUUUUCCAUAUCAGGCCUUAAGCAAUUUGAACUAAAAUUCUUGGCUGCCUUGAGACAUAGUCAGAUACCCAUUUUGCCCUGGUUUAGGAUCAUCAUAAACAUUUCCUCUUUUGAUCAAAUCAGAGAUGGUAGAAAAAGAAUGCCUUUAUGGACUGUUUGAGCAAACAGAGGUGAACUAACAUGCUAGCUAUGCAAAUUGCUUCUGUCUUUUCAGAUAAUAAAACAAAUGUUAAGGAACUAGGCUGUUUCACAGGAUUUUGGAAAAUUGUCAUUGAUUUAUUUUUCUUCAAAUAAAGUUUGCAAUAGCGAUUUUUAAAUUCUA